AUGACGUUUACAAGAGAGCCCUGUAGUCAGAGCCCUGUGGUCAGAGCCCUGUGGUCAGAGCCCUGUGAUCAGAGCCCUGUGAUCAGAGCCCUGUGGUCAGAGCCCUGUGGUCAGAGCCCUGUGGUCAGAGCCCUGUGGUCAGAGCCCUGUGAUCAGAGCCCUGUGAGCCCUGUGAUCAGAGCCCUGUGGUCAGAGCCCUGUAGUCAGAGCCCUGUGGUCAGAGCCCUGUGGUCAGAGCCCUGUGGUCAGAGCCCUGUGAGCCCUGUAGUCAGAGCCCUGUGGUCAGAGCCCUGUGGUCAGAGCCCUGUGGUCAGAGCCCUGUGGUCAGAGCCCUGUGGUCAGAGCCCUGUGAUCAGAGCCCUGUGGUCAGAGCCCUGUAGUCAGAGCCCUGUGGUCAGAGCCCUGUGGUCAGAGCCUUGUGGUCAGAGCCCUGUGGUCAGAGCCCUGUGGUCAGAGCCCUGUGAUCAGAGCCCUGUGGUCAGAGCCCUGUAG